AUGUCUGCCGGGGGGGAGCACCUCAAGGAUGAGGGUACACGGCGGCAGGUGGUUCUGGCAGGUGGAAUCGCCGGGCUUAUCUCACGAUUCUGCAUCGCUCCCCUCGAUGUCGUCAAGAUCCGCCUCCAGCUCCAAAUCCACUCCAUGUCGGACCCCGUGUCCCAUCAACAUGUCCAAGGUCCAAUCUACAAGGGGACCUUCUCCACGAUGCGGUCCAUCUUGAAAGAAGAAGGGAUAACAGGCCUCUGGAAAGGCAACAUCCCCGCCGAACUAAUGUACAUCACCUACGGCGCCGUCCAAUUCACCACCUACCGCAGCACAACCCAAGCCCUAGCCCAACUAGGCCCCUACCGCCCCCCACAACCCGUUGAAUCCUUCAUCUCCGGCGCCUUCGCUGGCGGUGUCGCGACAGCCGCUACAUACCCCCUCGACCUCCUGCGCACGCGCUUCGCCGCGCAAGGCCGUGAACGCAUCUACCUCUCCCUUUUCUCAUCCGUCCGUGACAUCGCACAUCUAGAAGGUGCGGCGGGGUUCUUCCGCGGGUGCAGUGCGGCUGUGGGACAGAUUGUGCCGUAUAUGGGUCUGUUUUUUGCGACGUAUGAGACGCUGCGGCCGGUGAUGUCGGAUGUGCAGCAUUUGCCGUUUGGGUCUGGGGAUGCCGCGGCGGGGGUUAUGGCAAGUGUGUUGGCGAAGACGGGGGUGUUUCCGUUGGAUCUUGUGAGGAAAAGGUUGCAGGUGCAGGGGCCGACAAGGCAUAUGUAUGUGCAUCGCAAUAUUCCUGAGUAUCAGGGGGUGUUUAAUACCAUUCGGAUGAUUCUGCGGACGCAGGGUGUGCGUGGUCUGUACCGUGGAUUGGUUGUUAGCCUCAUCAAGGCUGCGCCGGCUAGUGCGGUCACCAUGUGGUCCUACGAGACUACAUUGAGACUACUGAUGGAGAUGAAGGUGGGAGCUGAUCAGAAAGACUGA